UCUGUCGAUACGCACAGAUUCUUUUCUCUUUUUUUUGGUUAGCUAAUUUAACCGAACGACAGCUUGUAUUGUCUGAAAUCUUAAACCAUUGACGUCUUUGGUAGUGUUAAUCAGUUCUCUGGUUAGCCGGUAUAUCUAUACUGUUUAUUUUGUCUCUGUCCGUUGUUCAUCCUGCCCUUCGGACACUUUGCCUUGAAGAUGACUCCGACUCGCGCCCUGCCGCUCAUCGCGUUGGCAGUGUGUGCGAUCGUGCCUGGUUGUGAUGCCUUGGUGACCCUGUUUGCUCCAGCUACUGUAGAUCUACAAGAGCAAAGCUCAGCAAAUGUCACUAUUAAGUUAAGCGCUCCUCUGAACGUCACUGUAGCGGUUUAUUUCAACAUCACUUAUGUUUCAAAAAACAGCACAGUUAUCGUUCUCCCACCUGAGGUUUAUUUCCCUGCCGGAAGCACUUCGGCUUCUUUUGAAGUAAACGCAAAGAGUGUUGGACAGGUGACAGCUUACCUGUCAAGCAACACCACUGAUGUAUCAAGCCGCUUCACCACCCGAAUCCGUUUCCUGGUUGUCCGUAGCUACGUCAUAACGGUCAUUAACCAAAUCAUCGGCUGGAUCUACUUCCUCGCCUGGUCCGUGUCCUUUUACCCACAGGCCUACGAAAACUGGAGAAGGAAGAGUGUGGUGGGACUGAAUUUUGAUUUUCUGGCUCUUAACUUGACCGGGUUCAUUGCCUACAGCGUCUUCAAUGUUGGCCUCUUCUGGGUGCCCUACAUAAAGGAGGAGUUUCUGAAGAAUGACCCAAACGGCGUAAACCCUGUGGAUGCUAAUGAUGUGUUUUUCAGUCUACACGCUGUGGUCCUGACCCUUGUCUACAUCUGUCAGUGUUUCAUGUACGAGAGAGGGGACCAGAAAGUGUCCAAGGUGGCCAUACUCUUGCUUGUGAUUGGCUGGACGUUUGCCCUUGUGACCCUGUUUGUGACCUUGGCAAAAGUCAUUACCUGGUUGCAGUACCUGUAUUAUUUCUCAUACAUUAAACUGGGCGUGACGCUUGUGAAGUACAUCCCUCAGGCAUACAUGAACUACCAGAGGCAGAGUACUGAGGGAUGGAGCAUUGGUAAUGUGUUACUGGAUUUCACUGGUGGCAGCUUCAGUGUCUUCCAGAUGUUCCUGCAGUCAUACAACAAUGACAAAUGGAGGCUCAUAUUUGGGGACCCAACGAAGUUUGGUCUGGGCCUGUUCUCCAUACUCUUCGACAUCCUGUUCAUGGUUCAGCAUUAUUGCCUGUAUCGAAAGACCGGUUCUCAGUACGCAUCUCUGAGAGACUGUGAAUAGCAGGACAACA